GAGUGAUGUUUCGUCUUUCCUCUGCAGUUCUCGGGAGGUGAAGGAGCUCUGGCUGAACUCACUCCUUGGGCAAACAAAAGGACCUAAGGAAACCAGAGUGUCCAGAGCUCCCCCGAUCAAACUCCUAAUGAAAGUGUUAAGCAGCUGUAAUAUCUCAAAGACACUAAAUGCUGGGAGCAUGGAGAAUCUGAUUGAGUGCCAGACAGAGGAUGAUAGCAAGAAAUGCCCCCUGUUGGUCCCAGCAGAUACUGAAGAUGGACUUUACCACUCAACUGCAGAUGGAACAAAGAAAAGAAAGAAGGUGAUAUCACAGUCAUUUACUCUGAGACGAAGCUCCACCAAUGGGAAUUCCCCAGGGCAGCUUGACUCGGGUGCCAAAAUCACUCUGUUUGGCCAGCCUCUAGCUAUUAUCUGUGGGGAAGAUGACACACUGCCCCAACCAGUCCAGGAUCUCCUAGCUAUAUUGUAUAUGAAAGGACCUUCCACUGAAGGCAUAUUCAGAAAAGCUGCCAAUGAGAAAGCACGAAAGGAAUUGAAGGAGGAUCUAAAUAGAGGCGAGAAUAUCGAUUUGAAAAGCAAGUCUGUGCACCUGCUGGCAGCGGUGUUGAAGGACUUCCUCCGAAAUAUUCCCUCCAAACUCCUGUCGGCUGACCUCUAUGAGAAGUGGAUGCAAGCUCUGGAGAAGCCAAGCAAGCAGGGAAAAAUUGAAGAAUUGAAAAUGGUGGCUGAUGAGCUCCCUAUACCAAACCUCAUCUUGCUCAAGCACAUGCUCUCUCUGCUCCACCACAUCAGCCAAAAUGCUGAGAACAACAGGAUGGAUUCCAGCAAUCUGGCCAUCUGUGUUGGCCCAAAUAUGCUGAGCCCAGAGAUGGACAACACUCUCCCACUGGAAGUGCAGAAAGAGAUGAAUGACAAGGUGACAGUGUUGGUGGAGUUCCUCAUAAACAACUGCUCGGAAAUAUUUGGGGAUGGCAUUGCCUUCUCUGUCUGUGCCUUGGCUGAGGAGCUACCAGAGCACACAGAUAGCCCCACAGAACACCUGUGUGCUGCUCAACAGAAUGACUCUGCAUAUGACAGCCCAGAUCCUGAAGCUGAACUAAGCCCAUGUACCUCUCAGUUGGAAGAUCCCAAAGGGAGAAGCACUAGUGUGAGCAGAAGAUAUCUGAAACACAUCUCUGCCUCUUCACUGACUAAUUUCAGAAACGACAUCAGCACGAUGGACAGGAGGUACUCAGAGCCAGACCUGUCCUUCCAGAACCGCCUUGAAGGCAGGAUAAGGAAACAGAAGCUAAACAAAAGCGAGGACAAUUUUCCGAUUCAGCAGAAACUGCUGGGGAUGGAGGCACUGGAGAAACAGCUUGUGGUCUUACCUUCACAAUUAUCAACUGACUCUCUACCCAAAACAUCCUCCAGUUGCUCCCUGGAGAGCUCUGAUAGCUCAGUCUUCACCAACUCCCCGGUAGUUUCUCCCUGCAGUCCCAAAAAAACCUUUUUAAAUAGGCCCCAGUCCUUUUCUACCAAGGCCACUGAAGACUGUAGUACACCUAGCAGAGAGAUCAAAAAGCAUUCAAUGUCAUUCUCUUUUGCAAACCACAGGAAAACAUUAUUGAAAACCCAGAGCUGGGGGCCUGGAAGAAACAUGGGGUUUCAAAGAGACAGUUUCACAAAAAAAGAAGAUCAGUUCUCCUGCAGAGCUGUCCAGAACUGCCCUGAUGACAAACCAUUGCCUGUGGCAUAUCAGCGAAGGCUCCGUUUCAGGUCAGCUGAUGAAGUGUUCAGAGAGGUAGACCAAAGAAAUCCUGGAAGACCACCCUCUUAUGAAGAGGCUACUAAAACCUGCCUGGCCUCUGAAGUUCCCUCCCCUGGUCUUACGGUUCACAGUAUGAGAGUCAAGGUGUCAAACCAGGAGGCUUUGCUGCCUCAUCCGUGCAGCAGCUGUGCACAGGAUGCAGCAUAUACAACUCAAAGGAAUCUAUGCAGGGGCAGAGUUUCUGCAGCAAAGGAUUCUGAUGUGGAAACUGAAACUCUCACCAUCACUGUGGGACUAAACUCUCGUGUGAAUUUACCUGUGACCCCAGGAGUCUACCGGUUAAGAGCCAUGUCUGAAUCUUGUCAAAAGAACAAACUUAAGUCUGUAGCUCGAAGGUGCAGCCAGCCAGUUUUUGAGGUAGACCAAAUCCAGUAUGCUAAGGAAUCCUAUGUUUAAAAAGUCUAUUACUCCUCUUCACUGUGUACAAAGGAAAUAUUGUAAAAACAGAUAUCUUGUACAUCUUUUGUAAGAUUUUACUUUCAAGAGACCAAAAAUAAGCUAGCUCUGCAUUAACUUUUUUCCCCUUGAGGCUCUCCUGAAGGGCCUGCCGGCUUGACAUACCACAUUCUUUCACCACAAGAGGUGGUGGUGGGGAAGACCUGUGUAUUAUUAUGUAAAAAUGUAAGCAUACAUAACUUCUUGUGUGGGAAAAAUAGUUAGUAGUUGAUAAAUGCUGUUCUAUUUGUA